UCUGCAGUGCCCUGGUGCCGUAGCAACCCUGGCAGCCCUGUCGGAGGUGGGGCCAUCCCCUGCUCAUCCUCUGCCCCGGCCAGCCCAGUGCCCGGCCCCUCUUGCCCCCACUCGCGUGUCUCCCACUCACUGAUUGUUGCCUCUGUCCUCCAGCGAUCGGCUCCAGUUCCAGCUCGUGGCUGGACAGCGAGAGAGCAGCCAUGGAUGAAUACAAAAUACAGAUUCAAGCACGUAGCAUGGAUGAAACUGUGAAAGAGGAGAAACAAGAUGAAGCAGGGUACGGAUGGUGUGCCUGGAUGAUCAUCAUCGGCUCAGUAAUGUUAGUCCUCGCAACCUUCCCCGUCUCCAUCUGGUUCUGCCUUAAGACUGUCCAGGAAUACGAGAGGGCUGUGAUAUUCCGACUCGGCAGACUCCUUCGUGGGGGGGCCAAAGGACCAGGUCUUAUAUGGUUCAUUCCUUACACUGAUAGCUUCUCUCUUGUUGACUUGCGGACAGUGUCAUUCUCUGUGCCACCUCAAGAGGUGCUGUCGAAGGACUCUGUGGCGGUGAUGGUGGACGCUAUAGUGUACUACCGCAUCUUUGACCCGGUGCGUUCGGUGGUCAAAGUGAAGAACGUGGCCAGUGUGACUCACCUCCUGGCCCAGACCACACUGCGCAACAUCCUGGGCACCCGCAACCUGUCCGAGAUCGUCUCGGAUCGCAUGAACAUGGCUCAGCAGAUGGAGCGGCCAGGGAGAGAGACCCCCAGUGUGAAUGCCGUGUCCUUGCCACAGGGCCUCCUGUUCGAAGCGUCGCAGGUCUGGGGCGUCAAGGUGGAACGCGUGGAGUUCAAGGAUGUGCGGCUGCCGUCGGGCCUGCAGAGAAUGAUGGCGGCAGAGGCAGAGGCCGUGAGGGAAGCCAAGGCCAAGGUGAUCGCUGCCGAGGGUGAGUUGAAUGCGUCGCAUGCGUUGAGGGAUGCGGCAAGCGUGAUGAAGAGACACCCGACUGCCCUGCAGCUGCGGUACCUGCAGACGCUGACCGAGGUGGCGUCCGAACACACCUCCACCAUCUUCUUCCCCGUGCCCAUCAACCUGAUGACCGGCUUCGUGAGGAAGAAUCCCGAGACUGACGACGAGGGAAGCCAUCAUCGCCCCUGACGCCCGCACUAGCCCUCAAAGUAUUGCAAGCGGGUGAAUGAUUCUCCAGACAAGUGUGCCAUUUGAUGGUGUCAUUGAGUGUGGCCAUUCCACCUCCAUGCCCAAAGAGGUCGGGCAGCGAUCACCCAUUUCCUACAACGCAAGGCACUUUCCCCCCC